CCCAAUUCUGUCUAUCCCUUUCUCUCUUUCUCUCAUAGUCAUAUUUUUGUGUUUUUUUAAAGCCACCCCUUUUGCAAGCUGUAAUUGAAUGAGAGGAGCUUUUUUGGAGCUUCUUUAAUUUAUUUUUCCCCCCUCAACAGCUCAGAACUGAGAAGCUCAGUCUUUCUUUGUUUCUUUAUCAGCUCCUCUCCAAAACCCAGAGCUGCUUUUCUUCGUAUAAGUUUGGCUCCUUUUGGUUCUCUAUGUUUUAAAGAGAGACGCCCUCGCUUCUUUGCUUUUAGCAAAAUCAACGCGUCUGCGUCUCCCCUUCCCUUUGUUCCCUUUCUUCACCAUCUGAUAAUGUUGUCAAGUUUUUAGCCUUUUCCUCUCCCACAUUUUCAGGUUUUUUUUUUAACCCUCAAGAUCGAACCUAACAGCCAAGUUUCAAGGAUAAGAAAAACCCAACAAUGGCGCCGUCCUUUGAUUGGUGGGCAAAAGGGAGCCAUAAGGGAACCCCGGUGGUAGUCAAAAUGGAAAACCCGAACUGGUCAAUGGUCGAGCUCGAAGGUCCAUCGGAGGACGAUUUCCUCAUGGGCAACACCCCGACCGGUCAGCGAGAAAAGGCGCGUGGCAAAAACGCCAAACAACUCACGUGGGUCCUCCUCUUGAAAGCCCACCGAGCUGCUGGUUGCUUAACCUCCAUUGCCUCCACAUUGGUCAAUCUCGGUUCAGCCAUCCGUCGCCGAGUAGCCUCUGGUCGAACCGACGCCGACAACGACCAGGACACGGAAACCGACAACACAUCCUCCAAAGAAAACAAAACCGUUAAAACCAGGUUCUAUAACUGCAUCAAAGUGUUCCUUUGGUUGUCAUUAUUGUUACUCGGUUUCGAGUUUGCCGCGUAUUUUAAAGGCUGGCAUUUCGGUGCUCCAAAGCUUCAGUUACAGUACAUUUUUACAGCGCCGUUUGGUGUUAGAGAUUUGUUUGAUUCGUUAUACUCUCGUUGGGUUUUGAUUCGUGUGGAGUAUCUCGCUCCUCCUCUUCAGUUCCUCGCAAAUGUCUGCAUUAUUCUUUUCCUUAUCCAAAGCAUGGAUAGGUUAGUCCUAUGUUUGGGUUGUUUUUGGAUCCGUUUCAAAAAAAUCAAGCCAAUUCCCAAACAAGACGCUGUUGCGGAUCUUGAAUCUGGAGAAGACGGUUUCCUCCCAAUGGUUCUCGUUCAGAUCCCUAUGUGUAACGAAAAAGAGGUUUACCAACAAUCCAUAGCUGCAGUGUGUAAUUUGGACUGGCCAAAAUCGAAAAUUUUGAUUCAAGUUUUGGACGAUUCUGAUGAUCCCACGACUCAGCUGCUUAUUAAAGAGGAGGUGCAGAAGUGGCAACAAGAAGGUGCCCACAUUGUGUAUCGGCACCGUGUAAUUAGAGAUGGUUACAAAGCUGGUAAUCUUAAGUCUGCAAUGAGUUGUAGUUAUGUUAAAGACUAUGAAUUUGUUGCCAUUUUUGAUGCCGAUUUCCAGCCCACCCCUGAGUUUCUCAAACGAACCGUCCCCCAUUUUAAGGAUAAUGAAGAUUUAGGGUUGGUUCAGGCGAGGUGGUCCUUUGUUAAUAAGGAUGAGAAUUUGCUAACAAGACUGCAAAACAUAAAUUUGUCGUUUCACUUUGAGGUAGAGCAACAAGUGAAUGGUGUUUUCAUUAAUUUCUUUGGGUUUAAUGGGACUGCUGGGGUUUGGAGGAUUAAGGCUUUGGAGGAUGCUGGAGGGUGGUUGGAGAGGACAACCGUUGAAGACAUGGAUAUUGCUGUUCGUGCUCAUCUUCAAGGAUGGAAGUUCAUUUUCCUCAAUGAUGUUGAGUGUCAGUGUGAACUUCCUGAAUCUUAUGAAGCUUAUAGAAAACAACAGCACAGAUGGCACUCAGGACCCAUGCAGUUGUUCCGCCUCUGUUUGCCAGAUAUUAUCCGUGCUAAGAUUAGCGUGUGGAAGAAAUUCAAUAUGAUCUUUCUAUUCUUUCUGCUUAGAAAACUGAUCCUACCUUUUUAUUCGUUCACUCUUUUCUGCAUAAUUCUCCCCAUGACCAUGUUUGUUCCUGAGGCUGAGCUGCCAGCAUGGGUUGUCUGUUACAUCCCUGCUACAAUGUCAUUCCUCAACAUCCUUCCUGCUCCAAAAUCCUUCCCCUUCAUUGUUCCUUACCUUCUUUUUGAGAAUACCAUGUCAGUGACCAAGUUCAACGCCAUGAUCUCAGGUCUUUUCCAACUUGGUAGUGCAUAUGAAUGGGUUGUUACAAAAAAAUCCGGUCGAUCAUCUGAGGGUGAUCUUGUCUCCUUGGUUGAGAAGGAGCCAAAACAUCAGCGUGGAGGAUCAGAAACCAACCUAGAUGAAAUGAAAGCAGAUAUUCAGCAAGAACAAAAGGCUAGGAAAAAGAAGCAUAAUAGGAUAUAUACGAAGGAGCUAGCCUUGGCAUUCCUUCUUCUAACCGCUUCAGCUAGGAGCCUCCUAUCUGCACAGGGAAUACAUUUCUAUUUCUUGCUAUUUCAAGGGAUAUCCUUCCUUCUAGUCGGUUUAGACUUGAUUGGUGAGCAGGUUCAGUAAAGGACAGAUUAGGGACCUUGUAGUAAAAUGUGGAUGAUAUAAAAUACAGCCUGACGCGGGUGGACACAGCAAAUCUGAGUAUCACUGCAAAUGAACUUUUAUGGGAGAUGUGAUGAGGGCUGAGAGUGCUUUUGAUCCUCUUAAACCCGCUAGACUCCGGUUCCAGCUCCACCCAAUACGUGAAGAAUUUGUGUUUACAUGGACAGAAGAAUUUGGACAUAGGCAAACUUGAAAAUGGUGAUACUCUUCAGUAUAUGUAAGGUUUUUCACUUUUUUUUUUCCUUUUUCUGUUCUUGUUUCUUUCUCUUUUUUGAUUCUUUUGUUUCUGUCAAUUCUUUUGUAAGAAAAAAAUUGUUGUUCAAACAUCAAACAGGAAUUUAGUUACAGUUUCAAGGCAAGGUAGAAUAUUUGAUCCCUUAUCCCUUUCUUCACUUUA